AGGUAGCUAAAGAUGAUUUUAUAAAUGCGUGGCAAUGACAUAGAUGGAAAAGUAUGAGAAUUUGGGAUUGGUCGGGGAAGGGUCCUAUGGGAUGGUUAUGAAAUGCCGGCACAAGGAGACAGGUCAACUUGUAGCCAUUAAGAAGUUUCUCGAAAGUGACGAUGAUAAAACUGUGAAGAAGAUUGCAACUCGUGAGAUUCGUAUGCUCAAGGCUCUUCGUCACGAGAAUCUAGUAAAUCUGAUAGAGUACUUCCGUCGUAAGAAAAAGUUGUAUCUUGUAUUCGAGUUUGUGGAUCACACUGUACUUGACGAUUUGGAAAGGUAUCCAAACGGUCUGGAGGAGCAACUUGUUAGAAAAAUAACCUAUCAAGUUCUUAGAGCCAUUGAGUUCUGUCAUCACCACAACAUAAUUCAUAGAGACGUAAAGCCGGAGAACAUUCUGGUUUCGAAGAUGGGAGUCGUUAAAUUAUGUGACUUUGGAUUUGCUCGAACAUUAGCUGGUCCGGGUGAAACGUACACUGAUUACGUGGCUACGCGAUGGUAUCGGGCUCCCGAACUCCUUGUAGGAGAUGCCAACUACGGGAAAGCGGUUGACCUGUGGGCUAUAGGCUGUCUGAUUGUUGAGAUGUUGACAGGGAACCCCCUCUUUCCUGGUGACUCGGAUAUUGAUCAGUUAUAUCACAUAACCUCAUGGCUGGGUAAUCUGAGCCAAAGAUAUAAGGAUAUAUUUAUGAAGAACCCAAUAUUUGUGGGCAUGAAGUUGCCGGAAGUGAACCAUGUCGACCCACUCGAAAAGAGACUUCCUGGACUGUCUUCCCACUCAAUUGGUAUAGUAAAGGAUUGUUUGAUGCUGGACGCAGACGACCGCCCAACAUGUACCCAACUUCUCUCACACUCCUACUUCAACCACGACAACUUCGGACACCGCUUCAUACUGGAGCUCAGGACCAAAAUACACAAGGAAUUUGGGGGCAAUGCUGUAUUCUCCAAAAAGUCCAAGGUAGCCAAGGAUCACAAUGUUGCCAAGCAAAGUAAAACCAGUCAUGCAUUCGGUCGUUCCUUUUCGUACUCACACUCGGAGGAUACAGCGGCGAUGCGAGAAAAAAGGAAAUCACAAGAUGACAGCAGACACAACAAUCCGCCUAACAAAUCAGUUGUGGUAAAACAGUCAAAAUCUUACGGUGCUGAGCCUGCCAUACCGUCUCUCAAACGCUCUGAGAACUGUGAAAAUAUAUACCAGGUUUCACGCACUGGAGGUGAGGAUGGUGACGCAGCACUAACACUCCCUCCCGCUCCCAAGAGCAAGACGAGCGUCGUCUCAAACGACGAGAACCCUCUUACUUCACCGGAAUCUAAACAAGAACCGGUCCCACCGACUAAUUUCGAUUUCGGUGGCAGAGGAGCCAAACCUGCUGUUAAAGGUCUCUACGGGAACAAGAAAAUGUACAAGAAGGAAGAUUCCAGAUCCCAACUAACCCUGCCUCACCUUUCUAAAUAUGAAGAGAAGCAGAAGUCUCGUGCCAGCAAGCUUCACCAGAUUUCAAUAGACCCAUUCCCGAACCAGAACUCCCAACUAAAUGGUCGAAGGUUCAGUUGAACAAAUCCCUGUUAAUACGACUCGAACUAAUGUUAAACCUCGUCACUGCCCACAAAGUCCCUCGUGCCCUGUUACCGAAUAAAGACGACGUUUAGACUUUUAACCACAUCAUUGAUUUCAAUAGGACUUGUUGAUUGAAGCACUCACGAUCAUAAGGUCGUCAGAAUGGGGUUUACAGUACCAGAUAAAAGACUUAAUGUUUUACUCUUGUAUCUUUAACAAAAAAACGCUCAAAAAGAAUGUAGUUGGUCGGUUUAAAGCUUGAACGCAGAACGUAAAGAUUUGAUGUAGAUCGAAGGUGACAGACGAUUCUCUAUUCUGAAUUUAUCACGAAUGUUUUAAUUAUAUUCACUCCCUAGCUGUUGAUUCUUCCCAAUGUUAUACUCCUAUCUUGAACUGUAAACAAUAUGAACAGUAUAAUCAAAUGUACGAUAACAAAUAACUGAAUUUCAAUUGUUUCAAUACUGUGUUAGGUGUUCCAGUAGGUAGGUUUGUUCGUGAGGAUGGAAUUAAGAUAGUUUUGAGGCGUUAAGAAACAAGAACAGAAAAGUUUAAACAUAAGUCCUGUAGUAUUGAGUAGAAACCGGUAGAAAAUUAAGUUUUGACU